AUGGACGGCAGCGGCAGUGACCUGCGGAGCACCAUCAAGAAGUGGAACGUCAUCUACCCUGUCUACCUCAACUCCAAGAAGACGGUCGCCGAGGGCCGCUGCAUCGCCACCGCCAAGGCCUGCCCGGACCCCACCUGCAUCGAGAUCGCUGACUGCUGUUCGCACCUCAAGAUCCCCCACGCUAUCGAGUUGGAUAAGGCGUACCCAAGGGAUUUCUUCCAGGUGGGGAGGGUCAGGGUGCAGCUCAAGAAAGAUGACGGCUCCCCCGUCAAUCCUGCUAUUAAAACAAGAAGGAAGGCGGCAAACUGGUACUGUUAG